GCAUUUAUUUCCUCUCUUAAACUAUAGUAUGCAAGCCUUCACUUGUCGAAUCAUUCCCCUUCGUUUCCUUCCCAUUAAAACCUGACACUUCUAGUGCUCCUUCACAUUUUCUCCUAGAAGAUAAUGGGCCUGGGCAAAUAUUCCAGGGAAGAAGAAGCCUACAGUUUGAGUUUCAUCCAUCCUUCUCCUUUCUUUCAAUGGCUGAAUCCUUUGCCUGCCAAGCCAGACAAGAUCGAGUGUCUUCCUCUUCUCAGUAGACUUGAGGAGGCGAAGAAGAGCGCUAAGGAGGAGGAGGAGAAUGAAAGGGAGAGCGAUGAGAACUUGCCAGCCAUGGCUUUGAGCAUAGGAUUGCCUUUUUUCAAUGGAGAUUUUGAGGAGGAAAAGAUUGAUCAAGAGUGUAAAGGCGAGGAGGAGGAAAAGAGAAAUGAGUGCUUAGAACCGGGAGGAAAUGUUUUGGUGAGUCAGAACAGCCGGUUUUGGAUUCCUACACCAGCUCAGAUCCUUGUAGGAGCGCUGCAAUUCUCUUGCUCUGUUUGUCACAAGUCAUUUAAUAGGUAUAACAACAUGCAGAUGCACAUGUGGGGACAUGGAUCCGAGUACAGAAAAGGUCCAGAAUCUCUUAAAGGAACGCAGCCAUUAGCGAUGCUGAAGCUCCCCUGCUUUUGCUGCGUCCACGGCUGCAAGAACAACAUAACCCAUCCCCGAGCAAAGCCACUAAAAGAUUUCAGAACUCUGCAAACUCACUUCAAGAGGAAGCACGGUGUAAAGCCCUUCAUGUGCAGGAAAUGCAGAAAAUCAUUCGCUGUCAGGGGCGAUUGGAGGACACAUGAGAAGAACUGUGGGAAGCUCUGGUUCUGCUCUUGCGGAUCAGAUUUCAAGCACAAAAGAUCACUUAAUGAUCACAUUAGAUCAUUUGGAAAUGAUCAUUUCCAUUACAUUCCUUGCAGGAAUAUAAUUGAUGGACAGAACCUACCAGGCUGAAAUUAACUUACCAGUAAUACUGAUCUUAUAUAUAGUUCAUGUGCUAUAUAAGAAUUAAGAACAGAGGGAGCUGAAUUAAUGAAUUAGGAUAUGUAGAUUUUAUUAUUUUAGAACUUGUGUUCAGAAGCAAAAUGCUUCUUUUGGGGGUGAAGUGGUUUGUUUUCAGAGCACAGUACACCAUAAAGA